UCGAAUAUUUCACCAUGUUGACUUUGCUAAAGUCUUUCUACUUCCGGUAUUUUUCCCAUAAACAUGGCGACAGUCAAAGUGAAGGCUAAGGAGCUCCGUGGCAAAAGAAAGGAAGAUCUUCAGAAGCAGCUCCUGGAACUAAAAACAGAAUUACAGAGUCUUCGUGUUGCCAAGGUAACUGGUGGAGCUGCCUCUAAACUAGCAAAAAUCCAUGUUGUGAGGAAAUCAAUUGCUCGAGUUUUGACAGUCAUUCACCAGACACAAAAAGACAACUUGAGGAAAUUCUACCGUAACAAACGUUACAUGCCGAAGGACUUGCGGCCAAAAAAGACACGUGCUAUAAGACGUUUACUCACCCCACGUGAAAAGUCUCUGAAAACAAAGAAGCAACAGAGGAAAGAACGUCUGUACCCAAUGAGAAAAUAUGCUGUUAAAGCUUAAAUGUGUCUAAUAAAUUAAAAAAAGAGAA